GUCAAACAAUAAUUUGGUUGUCAUUGUCUACAAUUUGCAUUUCAUCGUUUUUGCUUGCAAUAUUAAUUUUCGUAUAAAAAUCAUAUAAAAUGUAUUCACACAAUAACUUUAUACAAACAGAAUUAUGGAAAGGUGGACCUGUGCCUGGACAAUUUUAUAACUUUCCUGGCACUAGCCAAGAUAUCAAUGCCGGCAAUAUCACAGCACCUGGUUUAUAUGGGUCCAAUCGUUCGUCAUCACCAAUUACUACCGGUACCUCGGUAAUUGGAGUUAAAUUUGAUGGUGGUGUUAUGAUUGCUGCAGAUAACCUAGUCUCUUAUGGCUCUUUGGCACGUUACCAAGAUGUACAGCGUGUUUUCAAAAUAAAUGAAAAAACUAUUAUUGGUGCUGGAGGCGAUUUCGCUGAUUUUCAAAGUCUCAAAAGAAGUAUAGACCAGAAAAUGGUAGAGGACAUGUGUUAUCAAGAUGAUAUUGAAAUGCAACCAAAAUCGCUGUACAAUUGGCUAACACGUAUUCUGUACAAUCGCCGCAGCCGUGUCAAUCCAUUGUGGCUGGAGAUGGUUGUUGGUGGCAUGCAGGAUGGUGUGCCCUUCUUGGGUCAUGUGGAUCUGCGCGGACGUGCUUAUGAGGACGAUGUAGUGGCCACCGGUUUUGGCAAACAUUUUGCUUUGCCUUUAGUGCGUGAGCAAAUCUCGGAAGGUCGGUUACUGUCGCAAAGUGAAGCUUCACAAGUGCUACGUAAAUGCAUGGAAGUGUUGUACUAUCGUGAUUGUCGUGCGAUAUCGAAAUACUCGGUAGCAGUUUCCACCGCUCAAGGUACAAUUGUUCAAGGACCCUUCGAAGUUAACCAGAACUGGCAAUUGGCUACUUUGGUUAAAGGUUAUUAAUUUCAGAUAUGUGCUUAUACUAAAUAAAAGAUAAUGUUUUAAAAA